ACUCAAAUUACAUUUCCAUUAUAUAAAAUAUUGUACUUUUCUUUUUCUUUUUUUUCUCUCUUUUGAUCCACUUUUAAUUUAUUUGUACUAGAAAAAUGGAGUAUGUAAUUAGGAGGAGAAAAAAAAAUGGAAUAAUGAAAAAUGCGUUAAUGCCAAAAUUAGAGAUAAAUAGUAAUAGAGGAUUAAUUAUAGAAGAGGAAAUUGAAGAAAGGAUAGAAUUAUUAAGUCCAUCUUCAGUUGCAUUUCAUAAGCCAGAUUUUAACGUGCAUGUUUUGGCUAUUUUGGGUUUCAAGACUUCUGUGAGUGUUGAUCUUAUAAAGGCCAAAUUUCCAAGUACUCUUCUGAAGCACCCUCGUUUUUCUAGUGUUGUGGUAGGUGAUCCGGACAAAAACGAAGAACUAAGAUGGGAAAGAACACAAGUGAACCUAGAGCAACACAUCAUAGUUCCAAACAUAAACCUAGAAAACAUAAAAUCACCCCAAAAUUAUGUUGAAAACUAUUUACACAACCUAAGCAAAUCAAGCCUAGACAAGUCAAGACCACUUUGGGAGAUUCAUAUCCUUAACAUUCCCCAAUCGGAUGAUGUUAAGGGCAUUGCAAUAUUUCGUAUACAUCACUCACUUGGUGAUGGUACGUCCUUAGUCUCUCUACUCUUAGCCCUUACACGUAAAACAUCCGACCCUACAGCCCUGCCUACGAUUCCAGGUGCAAAAAUGGAUCAUAACGUGAGCAACAAAAGUAUAAAGGGGUUCGUUUUUGCAAUGUUUGUGACAUUAUGGUCCAUUUUAAGGUUGUUUUGGAACACUACUAUGGACAUAUUUCUAUUUAUAGCAACUGCUUGGUUUUUGAAGGAUACUUCUCCUCUUAAAAGUGAUCCAAGAGGACCCAAUGCCCCUAGACGUGUUGUGUUCAAGUGUUUUAGCCUUGAUGAUAUGAAGUUUGUGAAGAAUGCUGUUGGUGGUACCAUCAAUGAUGUCGCACUUGGAAUCACACAAGCUGGUUUAUCUCGGUAUUUUAGCAGGAUUUAUGCUAAUAAUGAGGAAAAUCAUGGAGUUGAUAAAACAAAAAUCAAAAAGUUUCUUAAGAACAUUCGCCUUAGAUCAAUUCUUCUCAUCAAUAUACGACCUUCAGGAGGAAUUCAGGCAUUAGCUGAUAUGAUGGAGAAAGAUGCAGAAGUAAAAUGGGGAAAUGCAUUAGGUUAUGUUCUUCUUCCAUUUAAGCUUGGAUUGCAUGAUGAUCCUCUUAAUUACGUCCGAGAAGCAAAGACCACCGUUGAUAAAAAGAAGCAUUCUUUAGAGGCCAUUUACACUUUUUUCAUGGCCGAAAUUGUCAUGAAAUUUUUUGGAUCUAAGGUUGCAAGUGGAAUAUCCGAUAACAUCAAUGCCCAUACAACAAUAGCCUUCUCGAAUUUAGCAGGACCUUUGGAAGAGAUAGGCUUCUAUGGGCUUCCACUCAGCUUUCUUGCCCCUUCUUCUUAUGGUCAACCACAUCCGGUGAUGAUAAACUUCCAAAGUUACAGCAAUAAGAUGACAAUAGUUCUGGCAGUUGAUGAACACGCAGUGCCUGAUCCACAUCAGUUGUGUGAUGACAUUGUUGACUCUCUCAAAUUAGUCAAGGAUGCUGUUAUUAAACAAGGUUGUCUACCAAAAGACAAUUCGAUGCCAACUAAUUGAUGGUAGGCAACAAUCGUAGGACGUACUUGCCACUACCUCAUUCGCCACCAACAACCCGGCCCCAUCCUUGCAAACACUGACCACCAUCGUAAACACCAAUCCUAUCUUUGCUAUCUAAGGUAGCAUUAAAUCCCACCAUUUGUGAAUUAUUUUUUUCGUCUCAUUUAUUAUGCUAUAUUUUUAGGUAUAAAUUAUUAGAACUAAAAUAUAGCAAUUUAGAUGGUUAUGUAUGUGCCUAUUGAAAAUGAACAAAUUUUUAUUCCAUGUGUAUGAUGACGUGAAAUUUAUAUGUAUGUUAAAUUAGUCAAAUGCUGUGUGGUUGUGUUUCAUUUUGUGAUCAUUAAAAAAGAAUUAUAAUAUGUUAGAAAAUUUAUGGA